AUGUCACAAAAUUUACGUAAAGAAGCAGCUACUCGGGCAUCUCGACAUGCGAGUAAAGACAUGUGGAGUGAAACUUCAGCAGACACCGUCGAUUCAUGGACUUCUGCUGGCAGUAAGAAUGCUGAAGAUGGAAUUUUGGAAGAAGUAAAUUGGGAAGACGAAGUUUCAAACUCACC